AUGGAUUUUACGCGGUUGGGGAGGAUCUUCAAAUCCGAGUCAACCACAGAGCCAAAGGGAUAUCCUGGGAUGUGGAAGUUUCCUAAAGAUCCCGAGAAGUGUUGCAUCUACAGAGUCCCUGAAAUACUGCGUAGUGUAAACUCAGAAGCAUAUACUCCCCAACUAGUCAUCAUUGGACCUCUUCACCAUUAUAUGAAAACUCAAGCUCUCAACUCUCUAGGAGAUGUCCCAAACACAAAGUCAAUGGGCUACGUAAACUUGGAAGAGCAUAAGAAGAUUUACCUUGCUAAAUUCGGAGAAAGGCUUGAUGGGAAUGAAACCAUUGAUGGUUUUAGAAGAACAAUCAAACAACACGAAAAGAUAAUCCGAGAAAGCUACUCGGAAUCAACGACUUGGAUUGAAUCUUCCGAGUUCGUGGAUAUGAUCUUGCACGACUCUGUUUUCAUACUAGAGUUCAAUUUAAGGAGGAUUCAUAGAAUUCGUGGAAUGAAGACAGGGGAUCCUCUCAUUGACGAGCCUUGUGUUGGAUUCACAAUCAUGAAUGAUCUCAUGUUGCUAGAGAAUCAGCUUCCUUACUUUAUCCUCAGUAAACUCUUCGAUCUAAUCUUCCCUAUAGUCAUGCCGAACAGGACAUUCCGCGAAUUGAUCAUCUUCGUCUUCGGAUUCAGAGAUAAGAUCGGAAACAGCUCAAAUUUCAGACAUUUCACUGAUUUGGCCAGGUGUGUCCGCGUUGAGAAACUUCAAGGGCGCGCUCAACCGGAAUUCAAACACUUUGAACAUAUGUUUAACGCGGAUAAGCUACAUAGUGGGGGAGUGAAGUUCGAGGUGUUGGCAGAAGAGCUCUCGCUGGAGGUGAGCUUUGUGAAUGGUUGUUUAAAGAUGCCUUGUCUUACGAUUAGUGAUAGAUCGGAGAUGACUUUGAGAAACAUAAUGGCGCUUGAACAAUGCCACUACCCUCACACCGCACAUGUCAGUAGUUAUGUCUUGUUCAUGGAUUACCUCAUCGACACCGAUAAAGAUGUGGAGUUGCUUGUCGAGAAAGGGAUAAUUAAAAGCUGGAUUGGGGAACCCAGUUCAGUUGCAAAGAUGGUGAACAAGCUUGGUUUGGGCAUCGCAGAUUCUGGUUCCUACUAUUAUGAUAUAGCGGUUAAAGUCAAUGCUCACUAUUCAAGCCCACUCACUAAGUCAUUCGCCAUCCUGAAACGCGGUUAUUUCGGUAACAUGUGGCUUGGGACGGCCACUGUAGCCGCCGCGUUACUAUUGCUUAUGACACUCGUCCAGGCGGUGUCUUCAGUCAUUCAGGUUUUGCAGAACGCUUAA